AUGGAGCCUAACAGCCCGAAAAAGAUACAAUUUGCUGUCCCUUUAUUCCAAAGUCAAAUAGAUCCUGAAGCAGCUGAACAGAUCAGAAAACGAAGGCCCACACCAGCCUCAUUAGUAAUUAUGACAGAUUCUCCUCCUGAAAUAGAGGAGAAGAGAACGAACAACACCUCCCAAGAUGAAUCACAGAAUGCCUCCCCCAAACAGCGGAAGCAGAGUGUCUACACUCCUCCUGCCAUGAAAGGGAUUAAGCAUCUAAAAAAACAGAAGGACUCGGCAUUCCCAGAGGAGGAGGAAGGAGUCAGUGAAAGAGAUGAGAAGUGGAGCCCAUGACUGGUGCCAAACAUC